UUUUCUCGCUCGCUCUCUCCCUCUCGGGAAGGAGCGAAAGUGCUUUGGCGGUUUGUCCAUCCGCAGCCUCGGCUUUCGCAGCCCCGCGGCCUUUCCGGCCCCCCCCCCGCAACCCAGGGCCCCCUCCCCUCCCCUCGAUCGGAGCUCGGCGGCCCCUCGGAGAGCGCUACCUUGACACUCACCCUGGCGGACUGAUUUUAAAGGGUGUGGCAGGAGGUUUUGGACUCGAUGAGUUUCCACCGAAAUGUCGGAGAAGUCAGGCCAGAGCACAAAAGCAAAGGAUGGGAAAAAAUAUGCAACACUCAGUUUAUUUAAUACUUACAAGGGGAAAUCACUGGAAACUCAGAAAACUACAGUUGCAGCUCGACAUGGGUUACAAAGUCUUGGAAAAGUUGGUAUUUCACGGCGCAUGCCCCCACCUGCUAACCUUCCAAGUCUCAAAGCGGAAAACAAAGGCAAUGAUCCUAAUGUGAAUAUUGUGCCUAAAGAUGGCACAGGAUGGGCAUCAAAACAAGAACAGCAUGAAGAAGAAAAAGCACCAGAAGUGUCACCAGCACAACCAAAACCUGGGGUUUCAGCUCCCCCAGAAGUAGCACCUGCUCCCAAAUCAUGGGCCAGUAACAAGCAAGGUGGGCAAGGAGAUGGAAUCCAGGUGAAUAGUCAAUUUCAGCAGGAAUUUCCCAGCCUGCAGGCAGCUGGGGAUCAGGAAAAAAAAGAAAAAGAAGGAAAUGAUGACAACUAUGGACCUGGACCCAGUUUACGACCACCGAAUGUUGCUUGUUGGAGAGAUGGUGGAAAGUCUGCUGGCUCACCCUCUUCAUCUGAUCAGGAUGAGAAACUUCUUGGCCAAGAUGAAGGCACAGCUGUGACCUCAGAACAAAAUGACAUCCUCAAAGUGGUGGAAAAGAGGAUAGCUUGUGGCCCUCCACAGGCUAAGUUGAAUGGACAACAGCCUGCCCUUGCUUCCCAGUGUCGAGCCAUGAUGCCUCCUUAUAUGUUUCAACAGUAUCCAAGGAUGGCAUAUCCUCCUCUUCAUGGUCCCAUGAGGUUCCCACCUUCUUUAUCUGAAACAAACAAAGGCCUUAGGGGAAGAGGUCCUCCUCCUUCAUGGGCCUCUGAGCCCGAGCGCCCAUCCAUUCUCAGUGCUUCUGAACUAAAGGAGCUUGAUAAAUUUGAUAACUUGGAUGCUGAAGCUGAUGAAGGUUGGGCAGGUGCACAAAUGGAAGUAGAUUAUACAGAACAGUUGAAUUUCAGUGAUGAUGAUGAGCAAGGAAGUAGUAGUCCUAAAGAGAAUAACAGUGAGGAUCAAGGUUUAAAAGCCUCUGAAAGCACUGAAAACCGAAAAGAAGCAGAUGAAGUUUGCAAUACUAAGUCAUCUUCUCAGACACCUGCUCAGCCACCAGUAGCAAAAGGCUCCUAUGGGAAAGGGCCUCCAUUUAAUCAGGAACGUGGACCAUCUUCACACCUGCCACCACCUCCAAAGUUGCUUGCACAGCAGCAUCCUCCACCUCCAGAUCGACAGGCAGUACCUGGAAGACCAGGCCCUUUCCCCCCGAAGCAGCAAGUACCAGACGAGGAUGAAAUAUGGAAGCAAAGACGAAGACAGCAGUCUGAAAUUUCUGCAGCAGUGGAACGAGCUCGUAAGCGGCGUGAAGAGGAAGAGCGAAGAAUGGAGGAACAGAGGAAGGCAGCCUGCGCGGAGAAAUUGAAACGACUGGAUGAGAAGCUUGGCAUUGUGGAAAAACAACCGUCUCCAGAGGAAAUCAGGGAAAGGGAGAGAGAGAAGGAACGAGAGCGAGAGAAAGAACUUGAAAAAGAACAAGAGCGAGAGAAAGAGAGGGAAAAAGAAAGGGAGAGGCAGCAAGAAAAGGAGAAAGAGCUGGAGAAGGAGCAGGAGAAACAAAGAGAAAUGGAGAAGGAAAGAAAGCAGGAAAAAGAGAAAGAAUUAGAACGACAGAGGGAAAAGGAAAAAGAACUGCAGAAGGUAAAAGAGCAGGAAAAAGAAUGUGAGUCAAAGAAGGAAAGGGAGAAAGUGGAGGGAAAAACAGAACCCACAGAACCUGUUUUAGAGCCUGUGACAGAAAAACAAGAAAGUGAAAACAACUGUAAUAAAGAGGAGGAACCAGUUUUCACUAGGCAAGACAGCAAUCGAAGUGAAAAGGAAACCGCACAAGUGGUCCACGAAGCAGAACCAGAGUCAGGGUCUCAACCUCGACCUGCUGUGUUAUCUGGCUAUUUCAAGCAAUUUCAGAAAUCAUUACCACCACGAUUCCAGCGGCAACAGGAACAGAUGAAACAACAGCAGUGGCAGCAGCAGCAGCAACAAGGUGUCCUUGCACAAACUGUUCCUUCACAACCAUCCAGCAGUACUGUCCCUCCUCCACCACACAGGCCUCUUUACCAGCCUAUGCAGCCUCACCCCCAGCAUCUGGCUUCCAUGGGUUUUGAUCCACGGUGGCUCAUGAUGCAGUCCUACAUGGAUCCUCGAAUGAUGUCAGGAAGACCUGCUAUGGAGAUUCCGCCCAUUCACCCUGGAAUGAUUCCCCCUAAACCAUUAAUGAGAAGAGAACAGAUGGAAGGGUCACCAAACAGUUCUGAGUCAUUCGAGCACAUAGCUAGAUCUGCAAGAGAUCAUGCAAUUUCCCUUCCGGAGCCUCGUGUGAUGUGGGGAUCAGAUCCCUAUCCUCAUGCGGAGCUUCAGCAGGCAACUGCUCCCAAGGCAGCUGAAGAACCUGAGGGUGCGAGGCCUGAAGCUGCAUUGGAGCAGGAACAGAUUACCACUGCUUAUCCUGUAGAACACAGUCAGUUGGAAACUCAUCCAAAAGCAGACUUUGUCAGAGAAUCAAGUGAGACAGAAGUACAGAAGUUUUUAAGCAGAUCUGUGGAAGACAUUAGACCUCACCAUACUGAUAAAAAUAAUCAGUCUGCUUGUUUUGAUGUACCUGAUCCAAAGACCUUGUCCACUCCUCCAGAAGAGCGAAUUUCAGCUCUAGAAAGUCAGCCUUCCCGGAAAAGAAGUGUUUCCCAUGGAUCUAAUCAUACUCAGAAAUCAGAGGAGCAAAGAAAUGAGCCCUCUGGAAGCAUUCCUAAAGUAACAGGUAGAUGCAUUGAUUCCAAAGACAUAGAAAGGCCAGAGGAGAAACCAAGAAAAGAUGGCUUUCUACGUUCUUCUGAAGGACCAAAACCUGAAAAGGUGUAUAAAUCUAAAUCAGAAACUCGUUGGGGCCCAAGACCAAGCUCCAACAGAAGAGAAGAAGGUAAUGAUAGACCUGUGAGAAGAUCAGGUCCCAUUAAAAAACCUGUACUUAGAGAUAUGAAAGAGGAACGGGAGCAAAGGAAAGAGAAAGAAGGAGAAAAGGUUGAAAAGGUCACUGAGAAAGUUGUAAAACCUGAAAAGACAGAAAAGAAAGAUCUUCUUCCUCCCCCACCACCAUCUCCAGCACCAAUUCAGCCACAGUCAGUUCCACCACCAGUGCAGCCAGAAUCAGAGAAACUUCCUUCAACAGAAACUUCAGUUGUUGCUCACAAGCCAUCUCAAGAUACUGAGAAGCCCGUGGAAACUGUAAGUAGUGUUCAGGUGGAGCCUGCAGUGAAAAUUGUAAACCAGCAAACUAUUGCAGCACCAACAGUCAAAGAAGAAAAACAGCCUGAGAAAGUUAUCAGCAAAGAUGUUGGUAUAGAGAGACCUCGACCAGAUUCAAGACCAGCAGUUAAAAAAGAAUCAACUUUACCCCCCAGGACAUACUGGAAAGAAGCUAGAGAUCGAGACUGGUUUCCAGAUCAAGGAUACCGAGGCCGGGGCCGAGGUGAAUAUUACUCCAGGGGUCGAAGCUACAGAGGCUCUUAUGGAGGGCGUGGCAGGGGUGGAAGAGGACACACUCGGGAUUAUCCUCAGUAUAGAGACAACAAGCCAAGAACAGAGCACAUGCCUUCAGGCCCUCCGAGACAGCGAGAAGAAAGUGAGACACGAAGUGAGAGUUCUGAUUUUGAAGUCGUCCCCAAAAGAAGACGUCAGCGGGGUUCAGAGACUGACACAGACAGUGAAGUUCAUGAAAGUGCAAGUGACAAGGAUAGUUUAAGCAAAGGCAAACUCCCCAAAAGAGAGGAUCGGUCUGAAAACAAAAAACCCAUAAAGCCUCAGUCUUCUUUCAAGCCUGAAAACCAUGUCCGGAUAGAUAAUCGACCACUUGAAAAGCCUUAUGUUAGGGAUGAUGAUAAGUCAAAACCAGGCUUCCUCCCUAAAGGAGAGCCUACAAGGCGAGGCAGAGGGGGGACUUUUAGGCGGGGUGGAAGAGAUCCUGGAGGCCGCCCAUCACGUCCUUCUACCUUACGAAGACCUGCUUAUCGGGACAAUCAGUGGAACCCAAGGCAGACAGAAGCUCCUAAACCAGAAGAUGGAGAGCCACCAAGAAGACAUGAGCAGUUUGUUCCUAUACCAGCAGAUAAAAGGCCUCCAAAAUUUGAACGAAAAUUUGACCCAGCCAGAGAGAGGCCCCGAAGGCAGCGUCCUACCCGACCACCAAGGCAAGAUAAGCCUCCUCGGUUUAGAAGGCUGAGAGAGAGGGAAGCUGCUUCAAAAACAAAUGAGGCGCCAGUGGCCACAAAUGGCACCGUUAACAAUAUGGUCCAAGAACCAGCCAGUACUGCUGGGGAUAUUCCUGGGAAUAAGACACCAGAUUUAUCUAACCAGAACUCUUCAGAUCAGGCAAAUGAAGAGUGGGAAACAGCCUCUGAAAGCAGCGAUUUCAAUGAGAGGCGGGAAAGGGAUGAAAAAAAAAAUGCUGAUUUGAAUGCACAAGCAGUUGUCAAGGCUGGUGAGAAUACCUUGCCCCCGAAGAGAGAAAUAGCAAAGAGAAGCUUCUCCAGUCAGAGACCUGGGGUAGAUCGGCAGAAUCGACGUGGCAACAGUGGUCCACCCAAAUCAGGAAGGAAUUUCUCAGGUCCAAGGAAUGAAAGAAGAAGUGGCCCACCAUCAAAAAGUGGAAAGAGAGGGCCAUUUGAUGACCAGUCUUCAGGCAUAGCAGGUGUUGACCCUGCCAGUAACAGCUCUGCACACCACCCGGAGGGAGCACCUAAUGGUGCAGGACAAAAGAACUCCAAGGAUUCUACUGGGAAGAAACGAGAGGAUGCAAAGCCAGGCCCUAAGAAGCCCAAGGAGAAAGUAGAUGCUCUGUCACAGUUUGAUCUCAACAAUUAUGCAAGUGUUGUUAUAAUUGAUGAUCAUCCUGAAGUAACAGUAGUUGAAGACCCCCAGUCAAAUUUGAAUGAUGAUGGUUUUACUGAAGUGGUAUCCAAAAAGCAGCAAAAACGUUUACAGGAUGAGGAACGCCGAAAGAAGGAAGAACAAGUCAUACAGGUCUGGAACAAAAAGAACACAAAUGAUAAAGGAAGAAGUCAGACUUCUAAGCUUCCUCCAAGGUUUGCAAAAAAGCAGGCUACAGGGACCCCACAGAGCCAGUCUCCGGCCUCAACUCUCGCUUCAGCACCAGCUCCAACCUCAACCUCAGCUCCAGUUCUGAUACCACCCACAGUUCCAGUUCCAGCCUCAACCACAACUCUCGUUCUAGCAUCACCCACAGCUCUAAUUCCAGUCUCAGCCCCAGCUCCAGUUCUAACCUCAGCCUCAACUUCGGUUCCAACCUCAGCCCCAGUUCCAGCCUCCACUUCUGCUACAGUCACAGCUUCUUCUUCAGCUUCAAUCUCAGCUCCAACUUCAGCCCCCAUCCUUGCCUCAGUGUCAACCCCAGCUUCCGUCCCCAUUCUGGCCUCAGCUUCAAUUCCCAUCCUUGCUUCAGCCCUAGCACCAGCUUCAACUCCAACUGUAGCCCCAACUGUCACAGCCCCAACUGCACCAGCUGUCUCAGCUCCACCUGUCUCAGCCCCAGCAGCCCCAGUCCCACUUGCCCCAGCCUCAGCUGCAACCCCAACCCCAGCUCCAGCCCCUACCACUCCAGCCCAGACUCAGGCACAGACCCACAAACCAGUCCAGAAUCCACUACAGACUUCAACACAGCCUUCAAAACAGCCACCACCUUCAAUUAGGCUACCUUCAGCUCAGACACCUAAUGGCACAGAUUAUGUAGCCACAGGGAAGUCCAUCCAGACUCCACAGUCACAUAGCACUCUUACAGCUGAAUUAUGGGAUAACAAGGUGUCCUCCCCAACUGUGCUGAAUGACAUCUCUAAGAAAUUAGGUCCCAUUAGUCCACCACAGCCACCUGCAGUCAGUGCAUGGAAUAAACCCUUAACAUCUUUUGGAUCAGCUACUUCAUCAGAGGGAACAAAGAAUGGUCAAGAGAGUGGUGUUGAAAUGGGAAUUGACACAAUUCAGUUUGGUGCUCCAGCUUCAAAUGGGAACGAAAAUGAAGUUGUUCCUGUACUUUCGGAAAAGUCUACUGAUAAAAUACCCGAACCUAAAGAACAACGGCAAAAACAACCACGGGCAGGACCCAUCAAAGCCCAGAAGCUUCCAGAUUUGAGUCCAGUAGAAAACAAAGAACAUAAACCUGGUCCCAUUGGGAAAGAACGUUCAUUAAAAAAUAGAAAAGUAAAAGAUGCCCAACAGGUGGAGCCAGAAGGACAAGAGAAGCCAAGUCCUGCAACAGUCAGAAGCACAGAUCCCGUCACAGUAAAAGAACCCAAAGCAGUCUCAGAAAUGUCUACGGAAAUAGGAUCGAUGAUCUCAGUGUCAUCCGCAGACUAUGGCACUAAUGCCAAGGAGUCUGUAACAGACUAUACUACACCUUCUUCCUCUCUGCCUAACACUGUGGCUACUAAUAAUGCAAAGAUGGAGGAUACUUUGGUUAAUAAUGUGCCCCUGCCUAACACCCUACCCCUCCCUAAGAGGGAGACUAUACAAGCGAGCUCCAGCCUCACUUCAGUUCCUCCCACUACUUUCAGCCUCACCUUCAAGAUGGAGUCUGCACGAAAAGCAUGGGAGAAUUCUCCAAGUAUACGGGAAAAGGGGUCUCCAGUAACUUCCACAGCACCUCCAAUUGCAAGUGGAGUCAGCAGUAGUGCCAGUGGACCCAGCACUGCCAAUUACAGUUCAUUCUCCAGUGCAUCAGUGCCUCAGAUUCCUGUUGCUUCAGUCACUCCUACAACAUCACUAUCAGGAGCUGGUACAUACACUACCUCUUCUUUGAGUACAAAGUCUACCACCACGUCAGACCCUCCUAAUAUUUGUAAAGUGAAGCCCCAGCAGUUACAGACCAGCAGCCUGCCUUCUGCAAGUCAUUUCUCACAGUUAAGCUGUAUGCCUUCCCUUAUUGCCCAGCAACAACAGAGUCCACAAGUUUAUGUGUCUCAGUCUGCAGCAGCUCAAAUUCCAGCUUUCUAUAUGGAUACAAGUCAUCUAUUCAAUACCCAGCAUGCACGAUUGGCUCCACCAUCCCUGGCUCAGCAACAGGGCUUCCAGCCAGGUCUCUCUCAGCCAGCUUCAGUUCAGCAAAUUCCAAUCCCUAUUUAUGCACCACUGCAAGGGCAGCAUCAAGCCCAGCUGAGUUUGGGGGCUGGACCUGCUGUUUCCCAGGCUCAAGAAUUGUUCAGUUCUUCACUUCAGCCAUAUAGAUCUCAGCCAGCCUUUAUGCAAAGCAGUCUAUCCCAACCAUCUGUGGUGCUUUCUGGUACUGCUAUCCACAACUUCCCAGCUGUCCAGCACCAGGAACUUGCCAAGGCACAAUCAGGUCUUGCCUUUCAACAAACUUCAAAUACUCAGCCUAUUCCUAUAUUGUAUGAACACCAGCUAGGGCAGGCAUCAGGACUGGGAGGUUCCCAACUGAUUGAUACACAUCUUCUCCAGGCUAGAGCCAAUCUGACUCAGGCCUCAAAUCUUUAUUCUGGACAAGUACAACAGCCUGGACAAACAAAUUUUUAUAACACUGCCCAAUCACCAAGUGCUCUCCAGCAGGUAAACUAUGGCAUGGUUACAGUUCCUUUACCAGCAUCCCAGCUGUCCUUGCCUAAUUUUGGAUCUACAGGGCAGCCUCUGAUUGCUUUGCCUCAGACUCUUCAGCCCCCUUUACAGCACACUACCCCACAAGCUCAGGCUCAGAGCCUGAGCCGUCCUGCACAAGUAAGCCAACCCUUCAGAGGACUGAUCCCUGCUGGGACACAGCACAGCAUGAUCGCAACCACAGGAAAAAUGUCCGAAAUGGAACUAAAAGCCUUUGGAAGUGGCAUUGAUAUAAAACCAGGCACACCUCCAAUCGGUGGUAGAAGCACCACACCAACAUCUAGUCCUUUCCGGGCUACUUCAACAAGUCCAAACAGCCAGUCCAGCAAAAUGAGCAGCAUUGUCUAUCAGAAGCAGUUCCAGUCAGCCCCCGCCACCGUGAGAAUGACACAGCCAUUUCCUACACAGUUUGCACCCCAGAUUCUCUCUCAGCCUAACCUGGUCCCUCCAUUGGUAAGAGCCCCACAUACUAACACCUUCCCAGCGCCUGUUCAGAGGCCACCAAUGGCACUGGCCAGUCAGAUGCCUCCUCCGCUGACCACAGGCCUCAUGAGCCAUGCUCGGUUGCCACAUGUAGCCAGGGGUCCUUGUGGAUCACUCUCUGGAGUCAGAGGUAAUCAGGCCCAGGCUGCGUUGAAGGCUGAACAAGACAUGAAGGCAAAGCAGAGAGCAGAGGUUCUUCAGUCCACGCAACGGUUCUUCUCUGAACAGCAACAGAGCAAACAGAUAGGAGGCAAAACCCAGAAAGUGGACAGUGAUUCAAGUAAACCUCCUGAAACACUGACCGACCCUCCUGGUGUCUGUCAGGAAAAAGUAGAAGAAAAGCCGCCCCCUGCACCCACCAUAGCCACCAAACCUGUUAGAACUGGACCAAUCAAACCUCAAGCAAUCAAAACCGAAGAAACGAAAUCUUAAAGGCUAUGGUUUAUUGCAGGGUAUUGAGGGAGGGGGAGGGGAAACAGAAUGAAGUCAGAUAAUGCCAGUAGCCACCAGGUUAAAAUGGUCUGGGACAUGAUCCUGUCUAGAACUUGGAGAUGCACAAGGACAUAAGAGUGAUUUGCUCUGACACCCAGCUGCUGCACCAGUUACAACCAGGCUUUGCAAGCUUGCACCUACUGUAUAACUUUGGCUCAGUUGAUGGCCGUGCAUCUUCAAUCAGAAUCUAUAUAUGAAUAUGUGCACAUAUUCCUUAAGUGCAUAUAAUUUAGAACUAAAAAUCUUUACGGUUAGAUGAAACAUCAGAAAUAGGAGAGAAUAACACCACAGAGGAAUAGCUCAGCCUGAAGAGUGUGGCAGACCCGGCCAGUAGAUCUCAUGUGGUUUCUUUGCUCCCUUAUGUUCGUUGGAUACGGUUAUGGCGUUUGCAGGCUUGGAGGUGAAGAACUGAAGGUAACUGGUGCUGGAGAGAGGAGCCUUAUUUUUAUUAUGGCAGCUUGCUAUUUUUGUAACAUGAUGAUUGAGUUGAACACAAUCAAAGUACAGUAGUAACUGAUCUCCCCUUCUUCCUGAAUGAGUGAGCAGAUGAUUAAAUAUUGACACCAGCAUCCUGGAGCGUAUCCGAAUGAGCAGUGUUUGGCAGCUGCCUCUGUUGAAAUGAUGCUGUGUUUUGAUUGUGGUCUGGGGCUUCAGAGCGCUGCUUGGCCUCUCCUUUCUUCCAUGGAGCGCUCACCAUUCAAACAGGACAGAUUUGGCAAAAUGCUGGUUAGGUUGAGUCUUGCUUGCCUCCACUUGGUCACCUGUGUAUGAAUCCAAUGGUUUUGUUUUGCUUUUUGUUUUUUUGGUUUUUUUCC